CCAAGCCUUGUCCUGCUCCCAAGCCUUGUCCUGCUCAGUGCCUGUGGCAGCACCAUGGCUCUCCGCCCCUUCCUGCUGCUGCUGCCACUGCUGGCUGCCGCCCUCCUCAUCACCCAGGCUCAAGGCAUUGGAAGCUCAGCCUUGGACUGCUGCCUGAAGCACAGCUCUUUAAAGAAGGAUAUCCCCAGUGGCGUGAUGACAUCCUACCACCUCCAGGGACCUGAGACUGGGUGCUACCUUCGUGCUGUUGUGCUUAUCACCAAGAGGAACAAGAAAAUCUGUGUCUCUCCCAAUGAUGACACUAUCCAGAAGUUGAUGCAGCAGCUGGACAAGAAGGCCAACAAUGAGAAGGACAAGAAGCCCAAGAAUAAUAAGGGGCAGACCCAGCGUUCCAGGGGCAGACCCAAGAAGCAGAAGCGGCAGCGGGUCUAAGUCAGGCCUGAAGAGGAUGGAUGCCUUCCUACUGGUGACUGACCCACAGCCUGGCAAUGGCAAUGGACUUACGCAAGCCACACACUCACCCACCCGCCAGCCCCAGGGCGGGGAUGGGGCAGGCUGAGGAGGAUUCCCUCUGCCCCACAACCUCUUUGUUGCUGCUAUGCCUGACACAGAGAUCCCCCAGCACCUGCAGUGCCUGGGUGCUCUCAGCAAAGCAGGCACCCAGGUCCUCACUUGUCCCAUGGCCAAAUAAAUGGGGACCUGGGCAUGGGAGCUGAGCCAUGGCCUCUAGAGGGAAGUGGACAUGCUUCCCACUCAAUGGGAGUUAUUUAGUGUAGCAGGAUGGAUGCUUUUCCUAUGACUUUUUUGGGGGAUAUUAUACAUUUGUAUUUAUAUUUGAAAACUGUGCUUUCAUUCAGUCUUUCUGAAAGGCUUUACUUCUGUCUCCUUCUGAUUCACAAAAUAGCCUUUAUGCUGCAGACCAGAUUUUCUGGAAGGCUUCUCUUAUUUUUCUACCAAAUGACUGCAUUUUAUUUACCUCUCAUCUCUUUGCUCCUUCUUGGCUUGCAAGGCGUGGGAAGCCAGGCAGGUCCCAAGUCCUGUGGUCCUACUUGAGCUGCUUGCUGAGUGCUUCUUUGCAGAGCAAUUAAUAGCAGCUGAGAUGGAGAGCUUUGGGACAACAGUGGUAACAGUGUGGCUCUGUGUCUGGGCUAUUCUAAUCUUUCAUGUUUUAUGGUACACUGUUGCAUUGUAGUUUGGAUAAAGAUAGCCACAAUUUAUCUCUUUGUUUUUUUCAUCUUCUUUUUUAGGUACAGCAUUCCCAUGAAAUCAGAACUAAUUGUUCAAUUUAGUGGAAUUAUACCCUUUUAGCUCCCCUGGCUACAAAAUUGCAAUGAAAUCAGAACAAAUUGUUCGGUUUAGUGGAAUUUUACCCUCUUCUUUCCCCUGGUUUUGCUUGUGCCAGGGUUUCAGACACUAUUAAGACAAAUGCUUAGUUUUCUGGAAAAAAAAAGCACCAGCAACUCUCUCAUACAUAUUUACCAAAUCUGAAAAGCCCAUAUGGUGAAAACCACAUGUGAGGCUGUGAAGCUGGGGGAAUAGCAGAUUUCGUAAAAUUCACUGUAGACAUGCUGCGGCCAUUUGAGAGCUGCUCUAUCCCAAACCUUUAGUGAGAGAAGUCACUGAGUAGAGGACACCUUUAGGUGAGACUGAAAGUGGAGGUGGGACAGACCCCUGGGACAGGGCUGGGGGGAAAAUGGCAUCUCCCUGUGCUUGCAACCCACUCUCCCUGGCAUGCUGAGAAAGAGCAAAUUAAAAAGCUGUGCUAGAGCCACACUGCUAUCUGCUUGCAGAGAUUUUGAACGUGGACUUUGGUCAGUAAAAGUCUAUUAAAUCAUAUAAAUGAAAUAAUAGUAUUUGCAGAGCUUAACAGUAUCAGCACAGGCGGUGUGUUUGUUGGAGUAAAGCUUAUAGCUGAGUGUUUUUACCAAGUACGUAUUUGGCUUGACUGCUUCAUUAAUAGGGCAUUUAGAUCUAUCAUUUUAAGGCUGUGUAAAGUAACUGUGAAGUCCAAGAUACUGGCCCUGAGUAUGGGACAGAUGCUGAGCUGUCUCCUCCCUCACAGUGAACACCCACCCAUCUGCCAGACCGGCUUUUGGACAGGAUG